GCCACUCCUAGAUCAUUCAGUCAUGUCUCUCCUGUGGCAAUGUGCAAUCGUUUUGGCUGUUGUAGCAGCAAGGGCUGCCAACGACGGUUUUAGUGUGGAUUGUGAGAAACGCUCCAUUAAAGUGACAUGGAAGGUCAGUCCAGAGUUGGUUGAGAAUGCUGCCCGUCUCUUCCUUGGACACUGCGUUCCAUCCAAAUUUUCUGUUCUUCCCACUGGAGAAGGGGAAGCGACAUUCCACUACAACCUCAAUGGCUGUGCAAUCAAGAAACGGGUGACUGGCAAAAAACACAUCUACUCAACCAACCUGACUUACAGACCUGACCGAAAGCCCAAACCUGCUGCUAUUAGUCACCACAUUAAGUGUGUUUACACAAGACCUGAGGGAUGGAUUCCCCCAUUCCUUAUCCCUGCCUCUGGUAGUGCUGAGGGUCAUGGAGGAUUGGUUUUCCACAUGGCACUCCUCAAUGAAGACCUUACUGGUCUGGCCAAGACCAGCCUGUUCCCCCUGGGCUCUUUCAUCCCCAUCUGGGCAGCAGUGGACCAGAAGGACCACCAGCCCUUGCUGCUGCUCAUGGAGGAGUGUGUGGCGGCCACUACACCAGAACUGCAGUCUGAGAGUCUGGUGUACCCAAUAAUCACCAACAAGGGUUGCCUUGCAGAUGGGAAGACUGGGAACUCCAGGUUCCUGCCUAGGUACCACUCGUCUGCUAUCCUGCUUUACCUGCAGUCCUUCAAGUUUGCCCUCGGCGAGGAAGUAUAUAUCCAUUGCAAGCUUGUUGCAUGGGACCCUGAGGUUCUUGAUAAAGAAAAGAAGGCUUGCCACUAUAUUAAAGAGACUGGAGGAUGGGAGCUGCUGGAUGACCCGUCUCAAAGUGUCCUCUGCAAGUGCUGUGAAUCCAGUUGCAAGCCUCGGUUGAAGAGGGGCUUGCAUUCAGAACCCCAGGGCUUGGUUCAAAACGCUGUCCUUGGACCGCUCACAAUAGUGGGACACUCUGAAACCCAGAUCUCCAGUGAAUCCAUAAAGUAUCCUACUGUAGACCAAGUUGACUGGAUGGCAUCACCAACUGAACAUUGGUAUUCAAUCAUGAUGGCUUCCUUUUGGCACAGUGCGGUUCUCCUAUGCAUGGCUGUUGCUGCCAAUGUGGCACAAGAAGAUAUGGAGGUAGACUGUGGCCCUGAUUCAGUGACCUUGAGAUGGAGGGCAGCCAGGUCACAAAUGGAUGCCUCACUCCUCCGUCUGGGAGACUGUUAUCCCUCCAGUGUUUCUGCUGGGGAGGCCAUGUUCCAAGUGGAACUCAGUGACUGUAACUUCAGGAGAAUGGUGACUGGGGACACACUGAUGUACAUGAAUGAGCUGACCUCUAUGUCUGCUCCCAAAGCUCACCUGAAGUCUGUCUUUCAGUCUUACCCAGUGGUUUGUGCCUAUGAAAGGCCCGCAGACUGGGCGCCUCCCAUAUUUGAUGUAGUACUGUUUCAUACAUAUGGUCAAGGAGAUCUGGUCUACCACAUGGGACUUAUGACGGAUGACUUCUCUGGACCACAUCUGUCUAGGGAAUACCCCCUUGGCUCCUCCAUCCAUAUCUUGGCAGCAGUGGAGCAGAAGGACCAUCAGCCUUUGCUGCUUCUCUUAGAGGAGUGUGUUGCGACCACAAUGCCAGAGCUGCAGCCAGCAGGCCCAGUGUACCCCAUCAUCACCAAGGGAUGUCUUGUGGAUAGCAUGACUUCAAACUCAAAGUUUGAACCAAGACGAGAAACCUCUGAAAUCCGUCUGUCUCUGAAAGCCUUCAAGUUCACCGUUGGCGAGGAAGUCUAUAUACAUUGCAAGCUUUUGGCCUGGGACCCCAGUGGCCUUGACACCAGCAGGAAGGCCUGCCACUAUGUGAAAGGGCAUGGUUGGGAGCUCCUUGAUGACCCCUCCCAUAGUAACCUCUGUAGCUGCUGUGACUCCAGCUGCAAGUCCCAGAAGAGAAGGGGAAUACCAUCAGGUAAACUUGGGCAAACUCAAAAUGCAGUCCUUGGACCACUUACAACCACUGAUAAUUCACCGGCCUGAAUGUUAACCAGGGUUAGCCUGAGUCCAGCUGGGAUUCCUGGAAGAUGGGCAGCCAUGCAUGCCCUGACUCUGGAAUGGCUGCUGUCCACUUGAUUUGAAAUAAUAAAAAUAGAUAUUACUUUA